AUAUAUUUGUAAAGUCGGUUUUAAAUUCUGUGAAAUCAGCAAAAUGUUUUCACGAAGCCUAAUUCCCGCUAAAUCCUAUUUUCCAACAUCAUAUAUCUUAAAAGAACAGAGGCGAAACGCUCAAGUGUCUAUAAUUGGAGCGGCUAAUGGAAUUGGAUCAAAUUUAGCUCUGCUUUUGAAACGAAAUAACAAUAUUACACGAUUAAACUUAUAUGACGAUAGCGAGAAAGUAUUAUCGAUUGGUUCAGAUAUAUCUGAACUACCGGGAGGGCCACGAGUGGCAACUUAUAGCGGAUAUAGUUUCCUUCCAGCAUCAAUUCGGUCGUCUCACUUGAUCUUGAUGGUAUCUAGGAUACCCAGGAAGCCUGGGUACACACGAGAUCAAAUGUUAGCAGCGAACGCGCCGGCCGUUCAUAGACUGUGUAAAACCAUUGCAGAAAUAAAUCCAGAUGCAGUUUUAGCUAUUUCAACUAAUCCCAUAAACUCUAUUCUACCGUUUGCUAGUUCAAUGCUGUUUAAGUACUGUGCAUAUGAAGCUGCUAAAAUAUUUGGAAUCACCCAAAUCGAUACAUCUAGAGCGAAAGCGUAUGCUGCGAAGACGCUUAAUGUGAACCCUCGUCACCUUCACGUGCCAGUUAUCGGAGGUCAUUCCGAUGAAACAAUUGUGCCAUUGUUUUCAAAUAUGACCCCCACUCAUUACAAGUUGGAUUCGUGUCAGGCGGAUACGCUUACAAAAUUGGUUAAGAAAUCUGGCAUGGAGGUUGUAAGAAACAAACACGGUGUAGAUUCAUCGACUCUGGCAAUGGCGUGUUCCAUUAACGAAUUUGUAGAAAACAUGGUUGAAGCUCUUUACGGUGGCGCCACAGUGGUAAAUACUUUUACAGCAAAUCCCCAUUUUGGAACCAGAUUCUUCGCGGGACCCACGAAAAUCGGAUGUUACGGAAUUGUUGAAACUUGCGGAGCGAAUUUUCAAAUGUCCGAAUACGAGAGAGUCAUCUUGGGCAACGCUAUUACACAUUUAAAUAAAGAAGUUGGUCUCGGUGAAGAGUACGCUCGGAUGGAAGCUGGUAAAGUUUAAAUGCUAAAUAAACUUUGUGAUAUUUUACAGAAUUUAAAAGAAUCGACUUAUAA